GUUCAAACCAAGAACACGUCACUGCUGAUGGUCUCAUUUGGGUUCAGCUUCACUUGAACACUUGUCCGUGUCCCCUCGUUUCCUUGUUAAGGAUACGAAUGUUUCCUCAUGUUCGGACUCAGCCCGGGGCGCCCGAGCUAGAACAGGAAGUGAUAGUUUAACAAGCUCUGCUAGCCAGCUAGUUUUACUCAGAUAGGUUAGCUUGGCUUUAAACUCAGUACUUACGAUGGGACUGUUCGGGAAAUCCCAGGAGAAACCACCAGCUGACCUAGUCAGAGAGUGGAAUCACAAAAUCAGGAAGGAAAUGAGAGUGAUUGACAGACAAAUUCGAGAUAUUCAAAGAGAACAAGAAAAAGUUAAACGAUCCAUCAAAGAUGCUGCCAAAAAGGGACAGAAAGAUGUGUGUGUGGUGCUUGCAAAGGAGAUGAUUCAGUCCAAACGAGCUAUCACAAAACUUCAUGCUUCCAAAGCCCAGAUGAACUCUGUAGUUCUCAGCAUGAAGAAUCAGCUUGCUGUGGCACGUGUUGCCGGAGCCCUGCAGAAGAGCACAGAUGUAAUGAAAGCCAUGCAGAAUCUAGUCAAAAUCCCAGAGAUCCAGGCCACCAUGAGGGAGCUAUCAAAGGAGAUGACGAAGGCUGGCAUCAUUGAGGAAAUGCUGGAAGACACGUUUGAGAGCAUGGAAGAUGGAGAGGAGAUGGAGGAAGCAGCAGAGGAGGAAGUUGACAGGAUCCUCUUCGAGAUCACAGCAGGUGCCCUUGGCAAAGCGCCGAGCAAAGUCACAGACGCCCUGCCUGAUAUGGAGCCCGCCGGAGCCACUGCGGCUUCAGAUGAAGAGUCAGAGGAGGACAUUGAAGAGAUGCAGUCAAGAUUGGCAGCCCUGAGGAGCUAAGGUGAACUGCCACUGUUCUGCCUGUCAAAGUCGGAUGGCUCACUCCAUAAAGGACAGAGUUGAUUCUGGUGCAGGGGUUACAGUGCUGAGCAUCCUCGUUGCUUCAUGUUAUGAAUUCACAUAAUCGUUUGGGGUUAACAUUUUGCUAUGACAGUUCAUUUUUUUUUUUUUUUUUUAAUAGCCAUCUGGUUUACUCAGCCAGGUUUUGCUUUUUGUGUGUAAUUAUCAGGGGUAACCCUUGGUAAGUCUUUAUUAUCCAAAGUGAAGCAGAAGCAUAAGAAGGUGUACAUAAUGUAAGUAAGAAAUGCCUGCUGUGCCUACAGUGCUUCAUCAUAAUCUUCUUCUUCUGUCCAAAGUUACUGUGGACUGGCUGUGGAGGUAUUUGGGUAUUUAUGAUCCAAACUGAUUGAAUAACUGUUGAUGAUAAGUCACAUUCUAGACGACCAUUCAGCUGUAGCUUUAAUCUCUUAUGAUCAAAUUAUUAUUUUUUUUUUUUUUUAAAGCAACAGUUGUUCUGUUCACCUGGAAUUAACCUACAAAAUCCAAAACACUAGAGGUGGUGGGUGGAGUUCACUUUUUAUUUUCUGUACAGUCAAAAUAUAUCUGUUCGAUGUGUGAUUAUACAUGUCAAGUACACUGAUCAGAAAAAUGCACGCAUACUACUUUAACACGUUUUCUACAUCGGCAUUCAGCUCGUUACAUGUUUGAGUUCAUUGCGAUGACUCCUUCCUCCACAAGAACGUGCAGAGGAAAUAAGUUGGUUAGUGCAGAACGUAUGUACUGUGGACGUACCGUGUGUAUAUUUUUUCUAUGUCAUUGGAGAGAAAAAAAUAAAUGAACUUUUAAGAAUAAAGGUGACAGUUACCACUAA